AUGAAGGAAGCGGAGAAGCAGAAGGAGACAUACAGCUUCGCUGAUCAGCUCGUGGCGGCGUUGAGUAUCAAGCAUCCGGAGGGAAAAGCUCACAACGAGGAAGAAGGCGAGGAGGAGGACGACGGCGGCACAGUCGAUGGCAUUAUUUCGAAUCUGCUCGAUAUUGGCAGGAUCCGACCAAGACGACACAUCGGAAGUCAGGGAGCUGGACGAUUGCCCUACCGCCGAUCUCUUCCCUCCUCCUUAGCCUCCACCUCAGCGCUCAUCUUCCUCACGGCCUACCUGGCUUCACCAAGCAUCUUGCGCCUUUUCGAACGCGUCGCUGCAGCUCAGCUCUUGUUCCCACCUGCUGCCGUCGAGGCCAGCACUGUGCCGGCCUCACGGUCAUACAAUGCCGACUUUCCGCCCCUUCCGGCGUCAAAUCGACCGGGCGGAGAUGCAGGCAGCACGGCGAGCGCAGCCUUUACACUUGCGGAGUGGAAAUCGCAGCCGAUUGAUUUUCGAAGCGGAUCGACUGCGUGGCUAUCCUGCUUGUAUGAGCUUAACUUGACCAAAGCAGGCGGCGAGACGAGGUCGACAUUGGAUCCGGCUGGUUGCACAAUGACCACUUGCAGAGCAAGCGGCAGGAGAUUGGAGCGCAUCCUCGGCAACAAGAGCGCAUCUUCUCGGUUUGCGAAGACAUCUCGAGAAAAGCUAGGACAUGAAGGAGACGAAGAAGACGAGGAUGCAGAAGACGAUCUGGACGCAUCGAUCGAGACCAGCGCAUCGGGCACAUCAACCGUCGACAGGAUUGCUCGAUCUGGACGCAUCGAUCGAGACCAGCGCGUCGGGCACAUCGACGCCAACAGGAUUGCUCGCUCAGGUGCCCGCGCUGCAAACCUCCACGUCUACUCUCGCAGCGAACCAAGCGCCCGACCGUUGACACGGACUCAACUCGUUGUACAUCAACGCCGACUGAGUCUCCUCGCUUGGCUUCCCGCCCUGCAGACUUCCAUGUCUAAUGCGAGGAGGCGGUUUUGA